CACUAAUUAGCGACGGACUUAUUAGAGGCAUCCACUUUUUUGCUUCAAAAACUCAUUAGAGGCACAUCCCCGUUUUUAGAGGCAAUAAUGUAGUGCCUCUGUAAGCGAUUUUUUCGUAGUAUUAGUUUGUCCUUGGCCAGGAAGAUUGCGGCCUAGCUGCAUUUGUUGAUAUGCCAAGAGUUCAAUUGGUUUAAAGAUCAUUGACUUGGUUUCUUGGUUUAAAGAUCAGUGACUUUCUUGAUUUAAAGAUCAAUGACUUUCUUGACAAAAGUAUCAAUUGACUGCUACUUUGUGGUUCCAUCUAGGAUUAUGUUUUGUUAAAUGACAUCACUUUUGAUUAUUUACCAUCUUAUACAUUUCCUUCUUUGCAUGUUGGCAUACAUACUUCUGUAUACUUACACACCUCUUGGUAUUCUUGUCUUUCAGGGACGAGAUGAGUUAUCGUAGCAAACGAACUAGGAUUGCAGCUCUAUAUGAGUCUCUUAUUGCAUCUGAAAUUCCUCCACAAAAGGCUCAAAGGGCAGUAGCAUCACAGUCAGCACCACAGUUAGCAUCACAGUCAGCACAUCCACACAAGAAUCACCCCACUAUCCCAAUCCCCUUGCGCUCACUCCAAAAUACAAGGUCGGUAUCAUCACAGUUAGUCCAUCCACCAAAAAAUCACCCAUGAUUCCAGUGCCCUCCCCCUCAAUCAAAAAUACAAGGCCGGUAUCAUCACAGUCAGUCCAUCCACCAAAAAAUCACCCCACGAUUCCAUUGCCCUCCCCGUCACCCAAAAAUACAAGGGUGGUGUCAUCACAAUCAGACCAUCCACCAAAAAAUCACCCCACGAUUCCAGUGCCCUCGCCCUCACUCCAAAAUACAAGUGGAAUUAAUGACAGGUGGGGGCCAUUUAAUCCUCCAAUUACCACUAGCACUCAACAUGGGCCUUCGUCUUCCACUACCACUAGCAACCCUAUUUGGAAAAAUUCACUCACUGUACUGGGAAUUCACCAACAACACCUAAGGAUAAAUAUAUAAACAAUAUAAGUGAUAGAAAAGCAACAGAGACAUUCAAAGAAUCAUGUGAUGGAACAGAAAAAGAGGUCUUCAAAGGAUCUAAGCCUCGACAUCAUGAGUCGCUCCCUGAAUGGCUAAGUGCAGUUAAGUAUGAUAACAAGGAGCAGGUUUUGACCAUAGCCAGAUGGAGUGUUGUUAUUCCAUUAUGCCGUUGGUUGUUGCCGAGACCUUGCUGAGUGCGGAUGAGUUAAAGAAGGAUGCCAAGUCUGAAAUUUUUAAGGGGAGCCCCCUAUUGCUGCAGGUUUGGCUCAUGGAACGGCUCUGGCUUUUAGAAGCUCCCGCCGAUCCUAAACGUUAUCGCCCUAUAGCCUUGGGUAACCGAAAGUAUUUGCACCAAGGCCAGAACGAGGCCGAGUGGGCCUCCUAUUUUACUCAUGGCAUAUGCUCUAUUAAGUGGGUGGUACCGUGGUGGGGUUUGACUAAUAUGACGGGGGGUUCCGAGGCAUUAGUUUAUGUUUCUUUGUUGGGGUUAUCUCGGCCCAUUUACAUCUUUCCUUACCGAGUCAUGCGACAGUACGGCUUAAGGCAGACUAUCCCGUUUUUCGAUACGGUACCACCUAAAGUAGCGGUCUUUUCCGAAGCGCGGGUUCAAGCGUGGGCUAAGUAUUAUGGUGGCCUCCCGCGUUGGACCGUGGCCACCGAUGGCUUUGUGGGUCUUUCUGAAAACUACAAGUUGUGGAUGAGUUCCGAUGAUAAGGUUGUGAGAACUAAGGCUCGAAAUGAAGAGCCGUCUGAGCUUUUGAUACCUCGAGGUAGGGCUAAGUAUGAGAGUCGUGAUGCUGCUAAUCCUUGUGACCAUGGUAUUAAGACUGUAAAAGCUCAUCCUGAUCGAAAGCGAAAGGAAGUUCCUCCCCGUUCCAGUUCUAGGCCUAAAAAGGUGCCUAACAUGAAGGGGCCUGCUGUUCACAAAAGAAAUGCAAGCUCUCGUGGAGAUCGUCGCCGGAAUAAUGUAUGGGUUAGGAAAGUUCAGCCCCUAGUAGAACCAGUGGCUAAUCCAAUUGAUGUUGAUAAUCCUUCCCCUCCCAUUGUUUGUGCCCUUGAGGCUGAGCGGGCUAUAGCUGUUCAAACCGAAAAUGUUUCUGAGGCCUUGGCAUCCUUGGAAGUUAGUGUCAAGGAGCCUGUUCUUAUGGAGAUUGAUAUAGGGCCAGCGCAGAAGCCUGUGGAGGUGGACCCUGCGAACAUUGCCCUCUAAGAGACUUUGUUUGAUGAUCCGGAAGAACUCGAGUGGUGUAGUUCUUGUUAGAGUGUAGGUGCCCUUUAUUUAUUUUAGUUGUGUUUGUUUUUCAUUCCUUAGCACUUUUGUUUUCCUUCUUAUUUAUUUUUAAAUAUUAAUAAAGGCGUGAUUUUAUUUUUCUUGUUUUCCUUUUGUUUCUCA